GAAAAAAGAAGGGAGAGGGUGUACCUGGUAUUGGUUUGGAGGAAGUGGGAUUGCAAUUUACAAAUGCUGAGGUGGUUGGUUUGGUUGGACUAAGAGAGAGAGUGUGGGGAAUAGCCGGUUUUAAGGAAGGAUUCAUUGCAUUACGAAAUGUGCAGUAGCAUUGCAUCUGUGGCGUGGUAUUGUCUAUGGACGACACCUAUUUUUCAAUAUAAGACUUUCUCGACACAUAUAAACAUACAUUCCCCCCAACCCAUUACCUAACUUCAUCCAUUCCAAUCCUUUUUGCCCUGCUCUGUGGGGUUUUCCCUCUCAAAUGCUCUUCACCCUUCUCCCUCUAUUCGCUCUUCUGUUUUCACUUUCUCUUUACAUUCUUCCCAAAUUUCAAUUCUUUUGCCUGUGGUCAUGCCUGCCCUUGUUAAUUACAGUGGUGAUGAUGAACUGUAUCCUGGGGGUUCUUUUCGCCCAAAUCCAAUGGAUUUGGGUCGCAUGUACCCUAUUGGCUCGAAUUUGGAUGUGUACUACCCUCCUACCAAGCGAGCUCGGAUCGGUGUCCCAUUUGUGUUUGAAACCAGUGACCUUGAGCAAGAUCAAGAGCCUAGUAUUGGGGUUCUACCUGAUGAAUGCCUCUUUGAAAUUUUCAGAAGGUUCCCUAGUGGCAAAGAGAGAAGCUUGUGUGCCUGUGUAUCUAAACGGUGGCUUAUGCUUAUGAGCAGUAUUUGCAAAGAUGAAAUCGAGAGGACUAGUUCCUCUGGUGUUGAAACCAUGUCUGCAGAUGAGAAUCAAGAUAUUGAAGGUGAUGGAUACCUUACAAGGUGUUUGGAAGGGAAGAAAGCUACCGAUGUAAGGCUUGCUGCUAUUGCAGUUGGGACUAGGGGUCAUGGGGGACUGGGUAAGCUCUCAAUCAGAGGAAGCAACUCUGUGCGUGGUGUCACAAACCUUGGCCUCACUGCAGUUGCUCAUGGUUGCCCUUCUCUCAGAUCACUUUCUUUGUGGAAUGUAUCAUCCAUUGCGGAUGAGGGUCUGUCUGAGAUAGCAAAAGGGUGUCAUAUGUUGGAGAAGCUUGACCUGUGUCUGUGUUCUUCAAUCAGCAACAAGGGUUUGAUUGCAAUAGCUGAAGGCUGCCCCAAUCUGACAACCUUAAAUAUUGAAUCAUGUUCUAAGAUUGGAAACGAGGGUUUGCAAGCUAUUGCAAAGUUCUGCCCCAAGUUACAGUCAAUUUCUAUCAAGGAUUGCCCUCUUGUUGGGGAUCAUGGGGUGUCUAGUUUGUUGUCAUUAGUUUCAGACUUGCAAAGGGUAAAGCUUCAGGCCUUGAACAUUACAGAUUUUUCUCUGGCUGUUAUUGGCCAUUAUGGAAAGGCAAUUACAAACCUGGUCCUAUCUGGUCUCCAAAAUGUGAGUGAAAGAGGAUUCUGGGUCAUGGGGGUUGCUAAUGGUCUGCAGAAAUUGGUGUCACUUUCUGUUACCUCCUGCAGGGGGGUAACUGAUGCAAGCAUAGAAGCCAUGGGUAAAGGUUGCACCAACCUGAAGCAGAUGUGCCUUCGCAGGUGUUGCUUUGUAUCUGAUGGUGGACUGGUAGCAUUUGGCAAAGCUGCAGGAUCUCUUGAGAGCUUGCAGUUGGAGGAGUGCAACAGGGUCACCCAGUGUGGGAUCAUUGGUGCCCUUUCAAACAUCAAAACGAAGUUGAAAUCUCUCACCCUUGUGAAGUGCAUGGGAGUUAAAGAUAUUGAUAUGGAAGCAUCUAUGCUUUCUCCUUGCGAAUCUCUCCGAUCCUUAACCAUUCAAAACUGCCCUGGAUUUUGUAGUGCUAGCCUUGCCAUAGUUGGGAAAUUGUGUCCCCAACUUCAGCAUCUUAAUUUGACUGGACUCUAUGGCAUAACAGAUGCUGGCCUUCUCCCUCUCUUGGAGAAUUGUGAGGCUGGACUUGUGAAGGUGAACCUUACUGGUUGCUGGAACUUGACAGAUAAUGUUGUUUCAGCCUUGGCCAGGCUACAUGGUGGAACUCUAGAAUUACUUAAUCUUGAUGGAUGCUGGAAAAUCACUGAUGCAAGUUUGGUUGCAAUUGCUGACAACUGCCUCCUGCUAAGUGAUUUAGAUGUGUCAAAGUGUGCAAUCACUGACGCCGGUCUAGCUGUUCUCUCUAGUGCCAGCCAACUUAGUUUGCAAGUGCUUUCCUUGUCUGGCUGUUCUUAUGUAUCAAACAAGAGUGUUCCUUUCCUGACAAAAUUGGGCCAGACCUUGUUGGGAUUGAAUCUUCAAAACUGCAAUUCAAUUGGCAGCAGCACAAUUGAGUUGCUGGUGGAGAAACUGUGGAGAUGUGAUAUUCUGGCUUAAUUAUGAUAGAAACAAAUAAAACAGGCUAAAUCAGGAAGACUUCAUUGAACUGGAUCUGGAAUUUCAGGAUAUACAGUACAUGUAUCGAGCUAUAAUAAUGAAAUCAACAGGUGGUGACAUUCAGCAUGCUUUUUGGUGCUGAUAAUGCUAUCAAGGGUGGAUUGGUGGGGUGGUUUGUUGACUUGGUUGUUUUCCAGGGAACUUUGGCCUUUUUUGCAAGCAUGAAAAUGCUUGUUACAACAACCCUUUUGACCUUGGCUCACUGGAGGUCACAUCUUUCAUGGCCAUUGUACCCUGAGAAUACAGUUACUAAGUCUUGGUUGAUGGUUUCCACUACUAGAUAGUUUAUGCUUAUGUUAGCUCUUAUUUUGUACCGCUGAAUGUUCACUACUGCAUGUUUUAGCUUCUGUCGAACAUUUUCUAUGAUGUUACUCGGACUUAAGCUUUAGUUCAUGUCUUUUGAAGUCUUUCUGUUAUUUAGUUCAUGUUUUAGUUCCUGCCUCUGGAAGAGGGUUCAGCUUGUUUUUCCUUUGUCUUGUCAGCGUGGCUGUGUAGUUCAAUUUUAAGGGUAGGUACCUCAUAUUCAAGGACUUUGGUGGUGGCUGGGCUUUCAUUUGGUUUGCCACAGCAACCCAUGUUUUGGGUUGCUUUUUUUUUCUUCUUUUAAAUCGAGUCCUUGUUUUUGUAGGCUUCUCUUGCUUGUGAAUUGCACUUCGCAGACCGCUUUGGUUGUAUUCUAUAAUAAAAAUGCAAUGUAAACUUUCAUCUAUGUUGUUAUUGUUUUUUUCCUUAUGUUGAGAAUAAUGGAAUUGUAUUCUCGUG